GUGCGUGCGUGGGGGGUGGAGCGUUGCGAUUGAAAAAAACAGCGAGAAAUGGUCCUGUAUUUUCUCAGCAAUGUGGUAUCACCACCUGCCCUAAUCUACAUGGGAGAAGACAAAUACGAAAAUGAGGAGCUACUCAAAUGGGGAUUUCCAGAAGACGUGUGGUUCCACGUUGAUAAGAUGUCUUCGGCACAUGUCUACCUCAGAAGACCACAGAACAUGUCAAUGGAGGAAAUUCCGGAAGACCUGAUAGCAGACUGUGCCCAACUAGUCAAAGCCAACAGUAUCGUGGGUUGUAAAACCAAUAAUAUCACUGUAGUGUAUACGGAAUUUGAAAACCUCAAGAAAACCCAGAAAAUGGACGUCGGUCAAGUCGGCUUUCGCGACGAUAAAAAGGUGUUGACGGUGAAAGUGGAGAAGAGACUGAGUGAAGUUGUGAACAGACUCAACAAGACCAAGGAGGAGAAGAAACCCAAUCUCCAGGAGGAGAGAGAGGAGAGAGACCGACAAGACAGAGCCGAGAGGAGGAAGAGAGAUGGGGAAAUGCGACAACAGGAAAAAGAGGAGAUUGAAAGAAAAAAGAAAGAAGCAGAGCAGAGGAGUUACAGUGCAAUUAUGCAGGAAGACAUGAUGAAAACAAACGCGUUCGCAGAAGAUGUUGACUACCGCUCAGUCGAAGAUGAUUUCAUGUAGUGCAACUUUCACUGUGUUUACUCUUCUAACUCCCACUAUGUUCUAUGGUGAUCUUAUACACUCCAUUAUCACAUUGCUGUUCUUAUCAAUACAUACAUUUAGAGUGAUGAGGGUAUAGCAAAUAGUAUAUAUACACAGUCAAUUUUUUCUUCAGUUACACAUGCAUGUGGAAUACAUUUUGGCUACACCUAGGUAUUAUAUAUACACCACCGAGACGGCUUGACAUUCUUUCUUUUCUGGAUUAUUUUGCAGUUCACGGAGGUGGAUCUGCAGAAUUACGGUAGUAGGUAGUAUUUAAUUGUUCCAUAGAUGCAUUGAGAGUAUAAUUGGGGGGUGCUCUGUAGGCAACUUACCUAUUGUGACAAAACCUGAGUCUGCAUCAUGUCGCAUAGUCAGGUGCUCGUGAGUCACUCUAAUGGAAACGUAAAUCUUUUCCACGCCGUUGUUUGGCUUCGCCCAAUCCGCUUCGCAAAACAGAGUCCACUGCAGACUAUGAUCUUCCAAUGUGAAGUCUCUUGUCGUCUUCCGUGGUUGAAACUCGUCUUCCGGUUCACUCGAUGUCUCAGACACCGUAAUCAUGGCUUUGAGAGGCAUCGUGAGGAGCUCCCUGUUGCGGCAACGACGAGGGAUCUUUGGGUGGUACAGAUGUUUGACGACGACUCCUCAGUUGACUGAGGGACACACUGCCUCCAAUGCUGCAGAUUUCACGUGCUGUGCUCUGGGGAGGUGGUUGGACCAGAGAGAUGCUUGAGCUAAUAGACCCUCGACUCUGAGCAGAAUCUGCUUCAUUUAUCUGUUCUCGCUUACUGCGUGGAGUUGCACCGGACAUGAGCGACCCCCAAUGCGCGGCGCUCGUAGCAGCGUGUGGCGUACUAAACCCCGCCGGGUUGUCAAACAUGUCAGUGUCUUCCAACUUCACGUCUUCUGGCGCCUUGUCAUAAACUGGCCGCACCAUUAGGUCGA